CCGGUCCACGAGGGCGACAUCCCAUCGGAGGCCAUGCGCUACAUCGCGCCCUACAUGAACACGUGGCCCGCUCCCGAAGAGUGCUGCGCUAACGGUGGUACCUGCAUACACGGGGAGAACGGUACAACAGAAUGUGCUUGUCCUGCGUCCUUCAUGGGUCCCAGCUGCCUGGACGACGUGGACGAGUGCCUUGCACGGCCCUGCGGUCGGUUCAGCGUGUGCGUCAACCUGUACGGUUCCUUCCAGUGCCUCUGCCAGCCGGGCUUUCAACUAGAGGCUCACCUCUGUGUCCGCGUGGUGACGUGCGAGGAAGGCCCCUGCCUCAAUGGCGGCACGUGCGUGACCCGUGCUGACAUGAGCGAUCUCUGCUACUGCAAGAUCGGCUUCGCUGGACGUCUCUGCGAAACAGUGGUACCUGAGUGUUCGCCGUCUGCGUGUCCUCGGGGCAUGGUUUGCGUGAGCACGCGUCGGGGCUUCCAGUGUCUGCACAGCUUGGCGGACCUGACACGGGACCAGGGGGCACCUUAUUUCAACGCGCUUCUUCAAGGAUGACGGCGAGAACUUUGUUGCUGGGGUGCCUCAAUGCAAAGCGCACAUGAAGGCACCAGUAUCCGUCUUAGUUUAGACUACGAGUA